AGAAGCUCUUGGAGCCCUCGUUGUGUACGAUGUAACACGGUCCCAUACUUUUGAAGGAGUCUCUAAAUGGAAAUCUGAUCUAGAUGAUAAAGUGACCUUACCUGAAGCUUGGGGCGGUGGUCCUAUUCCAGUUGUAUUAUUGGCUAAUAAGUGCGACCUAAUCCAUGAAGACAUUGAAAUAUCACAAUAUUGUAAAGAGAAUGGAUUCAUAAAAUGGUUUAAGACUUCGGCGUUGAAUAAUCAAAAUAUUGAAGAAGCUACAAAAUUCUUGGUUUCAGAGAUAUUAAAAAUCGAACAACAGCAUCAAAAGAAAGAUAGUGAAGGAAAACGUGCGUCAUAA